CUUGCUUCCAUUCAGCCAAAAGAGCAUUAGUGAGGUUGGGCACUGAUGUUGGGUGACUAGAGAUGCCUCAUAGUCAGUGUUCCAGUUCAUCGCAAAGGUGUCCAUCAGAGAAAGGUCCAUCAUGUCUCAAUCGACCAAUCCACGCGAUGCAGGGGCAGGCGCUGUGAACGCGCACGACUACGCACCUGUAUAAGACUCCAGUCAAGAUGCAAAGUUUCACAUUGAUUGCGGUGUUAUAAAGGACUGUAGACACGAUAACUUUUAUCAUACAAGCUUCAAUUACAUAAAAUGAACAGCUAAAAUAAGCACUCAGUUGUAUGGAGCGCGAGGACUAUUCUGUGUUUGAUAGGCCAUCGAGAAGCGCCCUGAUGCUAGUAGAAGCACCGGUGUUGCAUUCUUAUCUGUGAGGAUGGGCGAGCUACUCAACCACAGCGGGAUUUUGGCGUUGAACAGGACUUUGAUGGAUGAUGACAAAUUCGGCAGUCUGGAGGAUAUUGACGUGACCGCGGACGGCACCCCGAUUCUAAGGAUAAUCAUCUCGGUUGUUUACUCCAUUGUGUGCGCGGUAGGGUUAAUUGGGAACUUGUUAGUCUUUUUCCUAAUGAGGUUAAAACAGGGCCGGAAGAAAUCGAGUAUUAACUUUUUCAUCAUCAACUUGGCAGUGACGGACUUCCAGUUUGUGUUGACUCUGCCGUUCUGGGCAGUGGACACCGCACUGGACUUCAGCUGGCCGUUUGGAGACGCCAUGUGUAAAAUCAUCCUUUCCGUAACAGUUAUGAACAUGUACGCUAGCGUGUUCUUUCUGACUGCUAUGAGUGUGACCAGAUACUGGUCUGUCGCCUCGGCUCUGAAGAACCGGUCGAGACAGAGGUCGUGUUCGGUGAAAUUGGUGUGCGCGGUGCUGUGGGUCUCCGCAACCAUUGCCACAGCACCCACUACCAUUUUCUCCUCAGUGACAGUAGUGGCUGGGGAGAAGCUCUGCCUCAUCAGGUUCCCUGAGGGACAUGACUGGCUCGCGCUAUAUCAUCUCCAAAAAAUUAUCAUAGCGUUCGUCAUACCCAUGCUGAUAGUGUCCGUCUGCUAUCUGAUGCUCUUACGGUUUAUCCGUCUGAGGAGCAUGAACAACAACCACCCCAAAAGGAGGUCGAGGGUGACCAAAUCUGUCACCAUCGUCGUCCUCUCCUUCUUUCUUUGCUGGAUGCCAAAUCACGCCAUCACAUUCUGGGGUGUAUUGGUAAAAUUUAACGCAGUCAAUUGGGAUAAAUCUUACUAUUUGGUCCACACCUAUGUAUUCCCGGUGACUGUGUGCCUCGCACAUGCCAAUAGCUGCUUAAACCCAGUUCUGUAUUGUCUCAUGCGACGAGAAUUCAGAAAGAUGCUGAAGGAUUUGUUUUGGAGAAUUUCCUCACCAGCCAUCUCCAAAGCCUGUACAAUACGUACGUUUACGGGGACGUGCAACACACGUGCAACACACGACGACAACCAAGGGGUUAUUCCCUUGAAUCUUCUAGACACCACACAAUGUCGACUAUCCUUUAUUGACAGACCGGAUCUUCCCGCAAUACCGGGUCUACCCGGAAUGGCACCUGAAGAUUCACAGUGCAUCCACCAGACAUAAUGCACUUACUCUAUGAAACGACUUGCUGUAAUCAAUUACGCAUGCAUUUGGGAACUAUAAAUGACAGAGUUCUUGACUUCCCAAUGUUGUCAUUACCCACGGGGCACCAAUUGCGCAGAGUAGGCCAACGGAGUGAAAAGCAGUAUUUACAGAAAUUUGGGCACGCACUGGGAUGGGUAGGACAUGUAAUCAUUGCGCGUAAAGUUACCAAGUACAUGUUGAUUGUAAGAUAAGAGAGUCACAAAUUUAGAGUGCACCGAAGUCAAUAUUCCCUGUGGAUAUUAUACUCUUUGUUGGAAUGUUGAGAUGUUUCUUCUGUCGUCCAUUCAAGCUCACACAUUGCCGCACACAUUUUUGGUACAUCAAAAUCGAAAUAAAUGUGAUCCUAUUAAUAUGUUAUCAGUGCUUCUGUUGUGGUAUCUGAAUAUAUGGCUGAAUGUAAAAGGGUCAUUGCAAUGUAUGUGAAAUAAAGCGCAUAUAAAUUAA